CCGUCUAGAGAGAGAAGCUAAAAGCACCGAACUGAAUAACCGUCUAGAGAGAGAAACCCAAAGCAUCGAAUUCAGUAUAAAUUCAAACUGCAACUUUUUCCCUCUCUUUCAUUCUCAUUUUCUUGCGAAACAAACACACCUAGCUUUCUGAUCUUCUCUGGAACGGAAAAUUCAAGAACCUUUUCUCAUCAAUGGAUUCCGAAUCAGAGUUCCCCGUUCCUAAUCGGAAGGAAUCCGAACGCAUAAAGGAGUACUUUCAAACUGAAUCUCAAUUCAUGGCUGAUAGGGGCUACUACGCACCGUUCAAGAACAUUUGCUUACGGAAGCGUGCUGUUGCAGUAAUCGACAUGGUCUGGAGGAUUAUUUCUUCUGAUACGUAUAUUCCGUAUCUUGCUAUGAACUAUUUUGAUCGUCUUGUUUCAAGAUACAAAGGGAUCUUGACGGAUCCUGCCGUGGAAGGUCGCAAUGAUGCUGAAAAACUUCGAUUGUUCACAAUCUGUUGUCUCAUCUUAGCCGCCAAGAUGAGGAUAAAUAACUUCUCUGUUGAUCGGUUUUUGAGAGCCUUGGAAGCCUUGAAAGCCAUGAAAGAGGUUAUAACUCAUCAGAUGGUAAAGAAAGCGGAGUAUCUCAUUCUUGAUGCAAUUCAUUGGAAAUUGCUACCGGUGACUGCCUUCUGCUUUCUGAACCACUAUUACCCUUACUUCAAAGAAUUCGGGGGUUUUAAACGUCGUUGCAUCAAUGAGAUCAUAGUUCAAGCUCAGGGAGAGAUCACAUUUGUUGAGUACACGCCUUCUCAGAUUGCAUUGUCCGCGUUUCUGGCUGCUUCCAAAAUGGCAUACCCCUCAAAAUAUGACAAAAUACAAAAUCCUUCUAACUUUCACAAAUUUGACAAUGAAGAGGAGGUGAAGAAAUGUGUGAAUCACAUGAUAAAGCUUUGCAAUAGAUUGGACAUCGAUAUUGAGCCUGCUGAAUCAGGAAUUGGCUCUUCUUGUAGUAUAGUUGUGCUAAGACCCCGAGAGGAAACCAAAGAAGUUGGAACUUCAAAGGUAAAGGAAAUCCAACAAAGAAAUAGCAUGGCUGUGGUGGGGGAUUCAAGCAACAGCAAGGCGCCGGUGGUGAUUUCAUGUGAGGAAAAAGAAAAAGAAGAUGGGAUUGCAGUAAUCAACGGGGUUGGAACUUCAACGGUAAAGGAAAUCCAACAUGGCAAUAGCAAGGCGGUUGUGGUGGGUUCAAGUGAAGAAAAAGAAAAAGAAAAUGGGACUGUGAUAAUCAAUGGGGUUGGAACUUCAAAGGAAAAGGAAAUCCAACAAGGCAUUGGCAAGGGUCUGGUGGUGGGUUCAAGUGAAGAAAAAGAAAAAGAAGAUGGGACUGUGAUAAUCAACGGGGUUGGAACUUCAAAGGUAAAGGAAAUCCAACAAGGCAAUGGCAAGGGUGUGGUGGUGAAUUUCUGUGAAGAAGAAAAUGAAGAUGAAGAAGUCAGAACUGCGUUAAUCCAGCGAAGUCAAGUCAUGCGCAACACAGAUCCUUCUCAGGUGCCGGUGCUCAUGCAGGUGGAUGUGAUCCAACGCCCAAUAGAUGAUAUAGACAGGGUUGAGGCUAUAAUCCGACGAUCACUGGAAAAGCGUAAGGCAGUAGAGGCUGAAGAGCCACAGCUACAGAUGGGUGGAUCAAGUUCAGAUAUUGUAGAUCAUGUUGAACCAAUGAACUUUGAGCUGAAGUGGAUGGCUGGAGCAAAGGCAUCAGCACGUCCUUAAGACAUUUGGCUUUGGAUCAUGUCCAGUUCAAAAUGCUCUGGUUUUUUUUCUUGUACAGUUCAAACUAUUGAAAUGAGCUUUUGAUGCUUUUGUAAUUGAAUUUUCAGAGAUAAAGAAUGUUCCAAGCACCAACACAGAUUAAGUCCAGCCAAAAAGGCAUGACUCAUAUCUUUAAUA